UUCACAACUGAUAGUGAGAAAGUCAGCAAGGAAGAUCCUAGGAAGAGAAACUGGCCUGAGUUUAUUAACAAGAGCUCACUUUUGUCCCCUGGGGACCCAACAGGCAGAAGGGGGUGGGAAGAACUCUGGCAGUUAGCCAGAGAAGCAGGGCUCAUUGUAAACAGUUGAAGGCAUCCUUUUAAUGCCCCGUUCCUAGGGAGCUCGAGGCUUUGCUCUGGAAGUUUUCAAAGCGGCAGCAGCCUAAGAGACGACCACAAGAGAGAGGGGGUGCGUGUUGGGGACUGCCUAGACGGUUUAUUUAUUUAUUUUUUGGUUCGGUGGGUUAAUGGAUUUUUAGGACAAAGAAAACUAAAAGCAAGCUGACCAGAAAGACUGGAAUUUCAGCUCUCCCUCUCUCUUUCUCUCCUUCACUGGAUUUACCCCUCACCCCUCAAAACCCUUUUAGACUAGAGAUUACUGGGUCAGUGAUUCUUAUUAUCCCUCCUGCUCCAAGAUCAUCUUGCCUUUUAGCAUUGAAAGGAAUAUCACUACCUGAUUAGAAAAGCACUCAGAAAGCCUAUUAAUCUUUCUGGCGUUGUCAGGAUUGAUCAACGAGUUUUAUUAAAAAAGCUCCAGGAUUUCUUGAAAGGCCUCAUUCUCCAGAUUUUAAGAAGGGGGAGCUUACAGCAAUCUCUGUGCAUGUUGUCUGGAUCCUUCUCCUAGCCUGGCCCUUUGGAAUAUGUGUUGAUGGUCCCGAAGGAGAAAAGGAAACCUUUUCUUACUUAAGCCUUUUUUCUGGAAGGAAGCUGGUGAUCCCGUGAUAACAUGAACUUUCUUGGAUCUGGUGGGGUGUUUCUUUGCCUGCUGCUUGUUCUGCAAGGUACCAAUUCGUCUUUCAUUAGUGUCAACCAGGGGAUGAAGGUGGCAAAGGGUCAUUCUGCUUUUCUGUCAAGGGAGGACCUAAAGUUUUCCAUACCAAAGGAAAAAGAUGCCUGCAAAGUGGAAGUUGUGCUGAAUGAGCCAAUAACCCAAAGGGUUGGGAAACUUACUCCACAGGUAUUUGACUGUCAUUUCCUUCCUAAUGAAGUAAAGUAUACUCAUAAUGGUUGCCCAAUCCUAGAUGAAGAUGCUGUUAAACUUAGACUCUACAGAUUUACAGAGACUGAAACCUUCACAGAAACUUUUAUCCUUCGAGUUUAUCUCCUGGAGCCAGAUUGUAGCAUCAUCCAGACGAGCACCAGAGCACUGGAAGUGCUUGAGUUCUAUGGCCUAUCAAGAGCAAUUGAUAAGAAUGUGCUCAGUUUUGAUUAUGAGAGAAGGAUGAAUCUGGAAUGCACCAUAAGGCUCUCUCCAUUAGAAACUGGCCUACCAGCCCAUGGCCAGGUUGUCAUCGUGGAGCCCCAACAAAGCGAACCACGAGGAGACCAGCCCCAUAGCUUUUUCCCCGAGUCCCAAUACAGGAAAGAUCCAAGGUGUCCUAGUGGCAACUGUACUCCAGGGUUGAAGAAGAUUGAUAGUCUCAAAGUCAGCUGUGAGGAGUUUCUGCUAAUGGGGCUGCGAUAUCAGCACCUGCAUCCUCCUUCUCCAAAUGUCGAUUAUAUUUCCAUCAGCCUGGACCUCACUGACGUCAGGAGUAAAUCCAUAUACAAGUCAGAGAAUAUGUGGCUGCCUGUCUCUAUCAAAGCAGCCUUUCCCAAUCAGAUCCCCAGAGCUACAUUCAUGCCUGCUUACAUUCUGGAAGUGGAUCAGUUCAUCCUGAGCUCUGUCACCACUUCUACUGUGGACUGUGAAGAUGAUGAGACACCCAAAUCUUUGCUGGUGUUCAACAUCACCAAGCCCCCUCCCCAGGGGUACUUCACCCACCUGUUGGAUCAUACCAAAGAGAUCUCCUCAUUCACCUGGAAAGAUCUAAGUGACAUGCAGAUUGCCUAUCAGCCUCCCAACAGCAGCCACACUGAGAGGAGAAAUUAUGAGGUGGAACUUGAAGUAUACGAUUUCUUCUUUGAAAAAAGUUUACCAAUCACAGUCCAUAUUUCUAUCAGAACAGCAGACACGAAUGCUCCUCGAGUGUCAUGGAACAUGGGUCUCAGUCUGCUGGAAGGACAGUCAAGACCUAUCACCUGGGAGCAGUUUCAGAUAGUAGACAAUGAUGACAUCAGUGCCGUUCGCCUGGUCAUUGUUGAUGGCUUACAGCAUGGGAGACUUACUGUAAGAGGAGGGAAAGGCUUCAUUUUCACCAUAGCUGAUAUUCAGGCUGGAGCUGUUCGUUACCAUCAUGAUGACAGUGACUCCACCAAGGAUUUUGUGGUCUUCAGGAUUUUUGAUGGUCACCAUAGCACUCGCCACAAGUUUCCCAUCAAUAUCCUGCCUAAAGAUGACAGCCCCCCUCUCCUCAUAACAAAUGUUGUGAUUGCACUUGAUGAGGGACAGACUGUGCUCAUCCAAAGUUCCAUGCUAAAAGCUUCUGACAUGGAUUCCAGUGAUGAUUACAUAUUAUUUAAUAUCACCAAACCUUCCCAGGCUGGGGAAAUCAUAAAGAAACCAGGGUCAGGAUUCAUUGGCUAUCCAGUUCCUGGUUUUCUUCAGAGAGAUCUCUUUAAUGGAAUUAUCUACUAUCGACACUUUGGUGGAGAAAUAUUUGAGGAUUCUUUUGAGUUUAUUCUCUGUGAUAGCCACGAUCCUCCCAAUCUCUCAGAACCACAGACAGUGGUGAUACACAUCACUCCAGUGGAUGAUGAGCUCCCAAAAGAGGUUCCUGGAGUGAUUCGGCAUUUGGUUGUCAAGGAAACAGAGGUGGCUCAUCUCACAAAGAAACAUCUACAUUUUGUAGAUACAGAAUCUCAUGAGAGAGAGCUUCUCUACACAAUAACAACACCUCCAUUUUUCUCUUUCAGUCAUGGCCACACUGAUGCUGGGAAACUGUUCAUGGUGGAUAGCAUAUUGAAACUAGGCAAGGAUCCUUCAGCUCUUGGACUGAGAUCAUUCACUCAGCACGCUGUAAACCAUAUGAAAGUGGCCUAUAUGCCACCCAUGGAAGACAUAGGACCUCAUCUCCAGCAUGUUCAAUUUGUUUUCUCCAUCAGUAACCAACAUGGAAGCAUUUUGCAUGGAAUUUGCUUUAAUAUUACUAUUCUCCCUGUGGAUAAUCAGGCUCCUGAGGUAUUCACCAACUUGCUGCAAGUCGAUGAGGGAGGUCAGAGUAUCAUUACUGCAGAGCACAUUCUGAUUUCAGACAUGGAUACGAAGCAGGACAAACUCAGGCUGUCACUCAAGAGACUGCCACUGCAUGGAAGGCUGGAACUGGACGGUUUUUCUCUAAACCAGGAAGAUGAGUUUUCAUGGCAAGACCUGCAGGAGUUAAAAGUUAGAUAUCACCAUGAUGGAUCAGAGGUUCUUCAUGACAACAUAUUCUUUGAGGCAACAGACGGAGCAAAUUCUGUAGAAUUUGUCCUUCAGAUCAAGGUUUUACCUGUAAAUGAUGAGCCCCCUGUCCUGAAGGCUGACCUCAUUCCCAUAAUUCAUUGUGCCGAGGGAGAGGAAGUGGUCAUCACUUCGGAAUACAUUUGUGCCUCUGACAUGGACAGCGAUGACUCCAGGCUGAUGUUCAUGAUCACACGCCAGCCCCACCAUGGGGUCGUGAGGAAAUCAGGGAUCACCGUGGACCAAUUCACCCAGGGAGACAUUGAUGCUGGAAUUGUAACCUACAAACACACAAGUGGAGAGAUUGGAAUGGCCCCUUGUUUUGACACCAUUACUUUGGUGGUUUCUGAUGGAGAAGCUGGCCCUUAUGAUUGCUGCUACCAGGAGCCCAUUUCUCCCGCACUUCCACUUCACCAUUCUUUUCCAGUGUAUAAUCUCAAUGUGACUGUGCAUCCUGUGGAUAACCAACCACCAACUAUUACAACUGGUAUGCGGUUUGUUGUGGAUGAGGGCUCUUCAGCUGCCAUUACUAUUAACCAUUUAAUCACCACUGACCCUGACACAGCCACAGAUGACUUGGAGGUUAUUUUGGUUUCUCCUCCCCAGUUUGGUUAUGUUGAAAAUAUACUACCUACACCAGGUUUUGAAAAAAGCAAUAUUGGCAUAAGUAUAGCUUCAUUUUGGUGGAAAGACAUGAAGGCUUUGCACAUAAACUAUGUACAGUCCAGGCAUCUGAGGAUAGAGCCAACUGAAGAUCAAUUUAUGAUUUACGUCACGGAUGGAAAACAGCAUUCUGCGGAAAUCCCGUUUCACAUUCUGAUUAACCCCACCAAUGAUGAAGUUCCUGACUUUGUGGCACAGAACAUCACUGUUUCUGAAGGUCAGAUGAAAGAGCUGGAUUUUUCAGUGAUUCAAGCAACUGACUUAGAUGUACCAAAAGAUCAUUUGAUAUUCACUAUUACCCAUAAACCACAGCAUGGCCUCCUCAUUAAUGGGAAACAUAGAAAUGACAUCUCUCAUUACAAGCAGUUAAUCAAUGUCCACAAGAACCAUGAACUUUCUGUGCAUGAUUUUUCAAUGGAACUUCUCAAAACUGGAAUGAAGUUGAUGUACAUACAUGAUGACUCUGAAAGCCUUGCUGAUGACUUUACAAUCCAGUUGUCGGAUGGGAAACAUAAAAUCCUGAGAACUGUUUCAGUAAAGAUCUUGCCAGUUAAUGAUGAGAAACCAGUGCUGACCAAGAAGGUUGAAAUAGAAAUGAAUAUGGGUGAAACUCGUAUUAUUUCUAGUGCUAUUCUAUCAGCCACAGAUAAAGAUACGCCUAGAGAGAAAAUUUAUUAUUUAUUUGAAAGACUCCCAGAAAAUGGGCAACUUCAGCUCAAGAUAGGGAGGAAUUGGAUAUCCCUUCAAUCCGGCAUGAAAUGCACUCAGGAGGAUGUGGAUCUGAAUUUGGUGAGAUACAUCCAUACGGGGACAGUGGGCUCCCAGAACCGAGAUAGCUUCACCUUUUACCUCUGGGAUGGAGACAACAGGUCACCCAUACUAGACUGUCACAUCAGCAUCAAGGACAUCGAAAAGGAUGAUAUUGCUGUCUUUACCAAACCGCUGGUAGUGUCAAAUGGGGACAAAGGUUUCUUGACCACCUCUACCCUUUUAGCUACUGAUGGCACGAAUAAGCCAGAAGAACUUCUUUUUGUAAUCACCUCUCCACCUCAAUAUGGUCAGAUGGAAUACAUCAGCUAUCCUGGAGUCUCUAUCACAAACUUCAACCAGAUGGAUAUUGCAGGUCAGAAAGUCUGCUAUGUACACAAAAGCAAGGCAGCUGUUCCCAAUGACAUGUUCAGAUUCGUCGUGAGCAAUGGAUUAAGGACAAAGAACGGAGUGUUUGAGAUUAUGCUGGAGACUAUUGACCAAGCCUUGCCUGUGGUGACCAGGAACAAGGGGUUAAGAGUAAUGGAAAGUGCCAUGGUGCUCCUCUCGCCAGACAUCCUUCAACUUUCUGACCCAGACACUCCAACAGAAAACCUCACAUUUCUUUUGGCCCAGUUCCCCAAAUAUGGACAGCUCUAUCUUCGGGGGAUGGUUCUCACACAGCACAAUUUUACACAACAAGAAGUGGACAAUAUGAAUGUGGCCUACAAGCACCUGGGAGGAAAUUCACAAAUUGACCAGUUUACCUUUGUGGCUACUGACAGGACAAAUCAAGGUUUUGUUGUAGAUGGAAGAGUGUUGAAUGAACCUGUUUCCUUUACUAUUCAGGUGGACCAGUUGGAUAAAAAGGCUCCACAUAUUAUACACCUGAAACAUCCUUCCCAAGUGGAGCUUCUCAAAAAUGGUUGCUAUGGAAUAUACAUAACAUCUCGAGUCCUGAAGGCUUCUGACCCUGAUACAGAGGACAACCAAAUCAUCUUUAAGAUUUUACGAGGCCCCCAGUAUGGACAUCUGGAAAAUACCACAACAGGUGAAUUUAUUCAGGAGAGAUUCACUCAAAAGGAUCUAAACAGUAAAGUCAUUCUUUACGUCAUCAAUCCAUUGUUAGAAAUGAAUUCGGAUAACCUGGAGCUUCAAGUCACAGACCCCACUGGAAAUACUGCUGUCUCUCAAACUUUGGAAUUGAAAUGGUCCCACAUUCAAUUUCCCCAGACUGAAUAUGAGGUGUGUGAAAACGCAAACACAUUGCUGUUGAAAAUCUGUAGGAGUGGCCAUUCUAUGGAAUCAGCUUUUGUUGGAAUAAAGGUCAAUCAAGUAUCAGCUACAAUUGGAAAAGAUUUCACUGUGAAUCCAUCUAAGCUGAUUCAGUUUGAUCCAGGAAUGUCAACUAAGAUGUGGAAUAUAGCAAUUACCUAUGACGGAUUAGAGGAAGAUGAUGAGGUCUUUGAAGUAAUUCUCAACUCCCCUGUGAACGCCGUUCUUGGCUCAAAGACAAAAGCCAGAGUGAAAAUUUUGGACUCAAAAGGAGGUCAGUGCCGCCAUUCAUAUUCCUCUGGCCAAACCCAGGGAAACUCACCAGAGAAAGGAACAUGGCUCCCACUUUCCCCAGGCUCGUCAUCAUCUUCCAUUCUUGAUGGGAUCUAUUUGGAAGGAAGACACCCCUCAUCUUCCAAAGAGAGGACAACACCCAGCAAAGGAGACAAACUUCUAGACUUUGACUUAACUGAUAUUCCCAGGAAAAGGCUUAGGACAAUAGGAAAUGGCAAAGCAGUUCGUCCAUCAUCUAUUUAUAGAAAUGGAACAGAUAUCAUUUUUAGGUAUCAUGGUAUGGUUGCUCUAAGAGCAGAGGAGGACAGAUCUACAAUAAAUAUGGAGAAGGCCAGAGUGUCUGUCAUUAAACAGAGAUCACAAAAGAAAAACAGGAAAAUAGAACCACCACAGGCAGAUAAGAUGGAACAAAUGCCCUAUUUACACUCCCCCAACCAGGGGGAUUCGCCAUCUUUUCCAAAGAACUGCACAUUAGCAUUAAAGGGACUCUUUAAUUUUGAGGAAAGCCUCCAAAAAUUAUAUCACUGCAAUGGAACUUCAUGGAAUCCUUGGAGUCCAAAACCCAAGGAAGGGGAUGAAAGAACCUGUCCCACUGGAUGGAGCCAUCAAAACAACCACUGCUACUCCUUGAUUACAGAGCAAAAGGUCACGUGGAAUGCAGCUGCUCGAACUUGCAGGGAACAACAUCAAGGCAACCUAGCAAGUGUGUUUACAAAACAGCAUAUGCAGUGGUUAUGGGACUUCAGUGGAAGAAAGUCAUUUUGGAUAGGCUUAAGUGACCAAGAGAAUGCUGGUCGUUGGGAAUGGGAUGGAGGUGAACCUGUAACCUUCACAAACUGGAGGAGAGGACCUCCCCCACAUUUAAGGAAGAGAAAGAACUGUGUUUUGGUGAAAAAAAGGGGAAAGUGGCAAGCUAAAGACUGCAGGAAGGGUAAAGCUCACAACUAUGUAUGUGCCAAGAAACUAUAAACAUAAGUGAUACUGGAGACAUCCACCAAAGCUUCCUCACAAACUGAUUCUUUUUCAUGUAUAAUUUGCAGUGUUUGUGAAUUUAUAUGUUUAAAAAAAUCAAUGGCCAAGGUUUAUGUAAAUUUAUUUCCUGUGGACUUUGAAAGAUUUCUGUAAAAAUGAAUUGUGACUGCAAAGUUUGGUCAAUAAAUUUCCUUCUUACCUACCCCCAUCUUCCACAAGAAAAACCCCAACGAUUUUGAACCUUACCUUGUACUUAUAUCCCUCCCACCCCACUCAAACAGAAGAUCAAAAUCUUAUAAGAUGUAGAAUUUUGUUUAUUUAAAUAGAAAGUACCCCAGCCUUCAGUCAGUUCUGGCUCCUUACCCUCAUGCUGUCUGCUUUAUGGUUUCAUUGCCCAUCUUGGGAAAGGCUACUAUGAAACCUGUAUUGCAAGUUUCUUCUAAUAGAUCUGCCUCUCUACCAAUUCAGCUCUAAUAAAAACCAGUUAUACCAGCUAGACAAAAUUUGAUAAUAAGGAGAGUUGGAUCCUUUUAUCACCUUAAAGGGUGAGGUUGAGAGUGGGGGGCUAAUAGGUUUAAAAAAAUGGUAGUUCUCAGAGUAAUGAGUAAUAGUUGAAAAGAAAAGACUGUAAACGGAUGAGUCACGGUAUAUGUGCUUCUCUGAAAAAUCAGAGUUAUUUUGAUCCUGGUUAUGAGCUCAGAUAAGAAUGUAAGUGUCAAUGGACUAGUCUGCCAAUUCUUGGGAGGACUGUGUUGAUAUAUGAUGUACAUAUAUCAUGCACAUAUGAUGCAUCAUAUAUCAACCAAACAGAUCAGUUUUCUGAAAGGAGGGUUAGUUUUGGUUCAUUCCAAGGUAAUGGUUUGGUUUCCCUAUGCAGAGCUAUAAUGAAAUUGAACCCACACAAACUUCUCUUUUUUGAUACUUGUGCCAAUGAUUGGCUUGUCUCAGAAAUAAGCAUGGUCUUUGAAUAGACAAAAAGGCUAUUUCCUCAAAAAUCAAUAGGUGACCAUAUGAUUGCUCAAAGAUCUCUCUUGAACACAAUACUCUUGUAGAUCACAUUGCCAAUUACCCAUGAUCUCUGAAGGAAUCUUGAUGCAAUGAUGAAUCCAAAAUGUUCUGACUUAGUUCUAGACAUGCUAUUGGAUAGAAUUUAUAAAUGUCAUGGAAGCUACCUAUAUGUAGCUACAGCCUCAAAGUGAAGCAUGUCAAUGAUGAUAGACUAAGUUUAGUAAGCUACAUUUUUUUAUUCCUAAGAUUCUAAAAGAAGUUUCAAAUCAUGAAAAUUUUAUUCCAAAACCAAUUUGCCUCUAAAAUGUCUUUUUUUUCAUCUUUUCAUGAUUACUACAGAAUAUGUGAUUUGCCUCAGUAGUAUAAUUUUGAUAUCAACAUUUUUUAAAAUUUAAAUUUAAAUCAUACUAUAACAUAAAUUUUGUAAGAGCAAUGCAUCAAUUAAGCUAACAAUGCUUAGAUCUGGCCCAAGCCCUAUUUGUGUCCAUAUAAAUAUCAUUUUGACAACUAGAAAUUUUGCACUGUUUUCAUAAUUUGCCAAAAAAGAUACCAGAUCCUCUUUUAACUCCUGGACAAUGCUCUGGCUCAACUCUCUUGACUAAUAUUCAUCUGAAACAAUGGUAUCAAUUUGAGUUGUUAGAAGAAAAAGAAUCUGGUCAAACUUGGAUCUGACAAGCACCAUUCAUUCCCUGGUCCACGAUCUUCUAAUAUAUGAGAAAUAAUGACUGUGAAAUAAAGAAAGUUAGAAGUAAGGAUUUUUUCAUAUAAAGGGUCAAAUAGUUGGAAGGACUAUAUACACAUGAAGAGAAGUGAAUGUUCAGUGUGAAAAUCUCUUUGCAUCUCUACUCCAGAAUUCAUGAGCUAUUUACUUGGAAUUAAAGAAUUAUCACUGGGAAAGAAUUUAGAAAACAAGAUACAAACUAUAUGAAUAGUCAACAAAGUUUCUUUGUUAAAUUCUAUUGCACAUAUCUCAAGUGAUUAUUUUAAAAGAUAUUUAAUGAAAUUAUGAAUAUUUUCAAAAUGAUACAAUGUACUGGUUUUUAAUAAUAUUCAUAAAGAGUAGAAUGAUUUUGAAAAAUCUAAAUUCUUUCUGCGCCUAUUAAACUUUUGGUAAUGAUCACAAAAAAUUUUUCAUUUCUUGUUUAAAAUUAUUUAAAUGUAAUUAAUUCAAACCGAAUGAAUAAAAAGAAAUCUCACUAUAAGGUCAUAGGUUAGUCCUGGAAAGGACUUCGGGAGCCAUCUAGUCCAUGCUGCUCAUUUUGAGAUAAGGAAAGAGAGUUUAAGUGAUAUUCCAAAAGCUCCCAAGGAGUAAAAGAGCUAAAAUGGGGUAAUAAGAUUUUGAAGAAAGGGAAAACUGAGUGUAAAUCAUCAUUCAUUUAUUCCUCGGAAUGGGCUUGACAUAGGGAGAAGGUAGGAAUAUUUGACCCUCUACCCCAUUCCUUAUGAAAUAUGUUCUAUUAACUACCAUAGUAGCCACUCUUGGCUUGGGGAGAUCUUGAGGGAAAGGAGAGAGAGUAGUAGAAAGAACAGAGUAAAGUAUUAAGAAAGGAAAGAGGAAAAGAGAAAUGUAGCAGUUAAUCCGGGGGGGGGGGGGGGGUGCAGGAAAAAUUAACAGAUAAUUCAGACUUUAAUUUGAAUUAAAGCCCCCUAUGAAAGAACUCUUUCCAAACCCAAACACUGCCUCAGGAAAAAUAAAAAUGGCCUUUGUCAUUUGUGUCAACCAGAAAAGCAAUGUGACAGAGUGUUUAGAGAACUCACCUUGGAACCUGGGAGACCUGACUUCUAAUCUGGCCUCUGACAUAGUCAUUGGCUAUGUGUCACAUGAGUUACUUAAGUUCUCAAUACUCUAAUCAAGUGUCUCAAGCUCUAAUUUGCAAUGAUUCUGAUGUAGAUUGUAAAGGGAGUUUCCUUAUGCAAGAAUUCCCAAUACCAAUGAAAUCGUAGAUCCAGACCCUUUCACUAUCCUGUUUCUACAGAGAGGGAGAUAAUUUUUAGAGAUCUUUACUAAUUUUGGGGAAAAAACAACAACAACAUAUUUUGAUUAAAAAUAGACUUAGAAAUAGUUUAUCACUGCUUUCACAAGGGUACUGGAAAGGAAUGAAUUUAUUUACAUUUCUCUUCAUGUUUACACUUUUUAAUACAACAAAGAAGGCAAUGUGUUUACUUUCAUGGAUACUGGUUCUGGAUAACCGAAAUCACAGAUUGGUGCUAAUUCUAUUUCUGUAAUAAAGUAACAUGCUGUGUGUACUAUACUUACUGUUAUACCAAAGCUAAUAAAACCUAUGUAAUUAAUGGUUAUGGCUGAUACUUCCUUUG